CCCCCCCGCGUGUGCGCGCAUGUGUGUUUUGGUGUCGUUUGGCUGGGUUGUAGGUUUCAUCCUAGCUGCGUCGGCCGGCAGACAUCACAUGCAUACCUCCUUCGUUUGAGUCUUCGAAGGGAGCUCGAUCCCUCCCGCACGACCCGAAGAAACGUCGAAAACGAUAGUUUUUCCCCGGGUGAGCGAUGGAGAACGAGGAAGAGAACUACUAUGACGAUCUGGAGGGACCGGAGGAAGAGUUCCACCGCCGAAGACCCCAGCAGCACCUCUCCCCGUCCAAGGACAAGCAUCCGGAACUCGUGUACCGCCCUGACACGCAUACCUCCGAGGCCUUCUCACGGUUCCAGGAAAUGAAAACGGCAGGCCGACUGUGCGACGUGGUGGUGAAGGUGGGCCACAUCUCCAUCGAGGCCCACCGAGUGGUUCUGGCCGCCUGCAGCCCCUAUUUCCGAGCCAUGUUCUCGGGGAACAUGCGCGAGAGCAGGGAGGGGGUCGUCACGAUCAAGGAGUUCGACCCGGAGGCCGUGCGAAGGGUGGUGGAGUUCUGCUACUGCGCCGUCAUAUCGAUCGACAUGGCGAACGUGUUCAGCGUCCUGCCCGUGGCGAACCUCCUGCAGAUGAGCGGUGUUCAGGAGGCGUGUUGCCAGUUCCUCGGCAGCCAACUGCACCCUUCAAACUGCCUCGGGAUUCGCAGUUUUGCCGACCUCCACAACUGCCAGGGACUCUGGAAGAAAUGCACCCUCUUCAUGCAGCAGCGGUUCCCCGAAAUUGCCCUCCACGAGGAAUUCCUGGAGCUGGGGUUCGAGGAAGUGAAGCAGAUAAUCUCUGACGGCAACCUGAAUGUGAGGGGAGAGGAGCAGGUCUACGAGGCCGCAAUGGCGUGGCUCAAGCACGACGAGACCCGCCAGACACAUCACUUCGCAGAGCUCCUCGAGUGUGUGAGAAUGCCCCUCAUGUCGGCUACCUACCUCAGUCGCGAGGUCAAGAACGAGAGACUCGUUAUGGACAGCUACGAUGGGCGGGGCCUCCUCAUCUCUGCCAUGGACCACCACCUCCAGAAACACUAUCUGCGAAACUCGAGAACAGCUGUCAAAUCUAUCAACACCACCCCGCGGCGCUGUCCAGGGCUAGAGUGCCUCUUUGCAAUCGGAGGAUCCGGUCCACCGGUGUUUGAAGACGACCCGUACCUUGACCUCUGCGAAUGCUACGAUCCAGAGAAAGACGAGUGGAGAGUCGUGGCUUCAAUGUCAAUCCGGAGAUCGGGGAUGCGAGUGGCUUCGCUCGGCGGCUACCUCUACAGUAUCGGAGGGUUCUCUGCAUCAGAUACAAAGGCGCUGUCUGCCGUUGAGCGCUACGAUCCGAUGACCGACUCUUGGAGGCUAAUGUCGUCCAUGCUCACCCCGCGCCGCAGCUUCGGCGUGGCGGUGUUGAACGGGUACAUCUACUCUAUGGGAGGGAUAAACGGAGGAACUUAUUACGACAGCGUGGAGCGGUACUGCCCUCACACUAACAAGUGGAGUUUCGUCCAACCCAUGAGCGUAGAGAGGCGAGCAGUCACGGCUGCAUCGCUGGAUGGAUUUGUGUAUGUUGCAGGGGGGCACGAUGGGGAAGGUCUCCUGGACACGGUGGAGAGGUUCAACCCGGAGCAAGACACCUGGACCAUCGUAACCAACCUCGGUUCCCCCCGCUGUCUCGGAGGUCUCGUCUCCAUCAAGGGAUUCCUGUAUGCAGUGGGAGGAUACGAUGGAGCGAGUGUUCUCCGAUCUCUACAGCGCUACAACCCGCACACGGACGAGUGGGCGAUGGUCGCCUCACUCCCUAUUGCUCGGAUUGGAUUUGGAUCAGGCGUCAUGGACAACGCCCUCUACCUCUGUGGAGGCUGCAGCAAUCUCUCAAAGGUUAACACGGUGGACUACUAUGAUCCAGAGAAAGACGAGUGGAACAUUCUCUCCACUCCAAUGAGCACUCGACGCAGCAGUCUCGCAGUGGGCGUGGCAUCCACGUUCCUAUUCUAAUCAAUGCCCACCUAACAUUCAUCAAUGAACACAUUUUUGUAUCCCUCACUUUUAACCUGCCAAUCUUCACAAAAUGUUGCAAUCAUGAUCAUUCAGAACUUUAUAUUAUACAGAAUAAUGAACAAGUGAAUAAAUAAAAUAUUAUAUUAAUUAUGCUCCAGGAAAUGCAGUGUUAUGAGUUUCAAUGAAAAUGUUAAUGUGUUAUGAAAGUUUACGGUUGUGCAAAGUUCAAUAAUUGUCCUAUAUAGAUCUUAGAAGUGCAGCAGUUCUGAGGUGGUGGGCUCUAAAUAGAGUGGGUCCCCCUCACUGCCCCGGAGGUGGGGGAGGGGGAGGCGGGACAUAGUAGACCUGCUGGGACGGGGGAGGAGGUGCAGCCGGGGUGAACGGAACUCCAGACUGUUGAUAGCUCGUGUAGCCUCCAGUUGCACCAGCGCCGUUCUGGUAGGGAGUGUACUGUCCGUAUGCAGCAGAGGUGGGCACAGCCGGCGGGAGGUAGUUCGGAGUGAUAGAGUUGGUCUGAGGGUUGUAGGAAAAGGCCGGCGCGCUGGAGUAGGCACUGGUUGUAGAGUCACUGGAAUCCUUCUUGUUGUACUUUCCCAGCCCGCCCAGAUAGCUCUUGUCUCCUCCUUCGGACCACGACGUGGUGCCACUGCUGCCACUGCUUCUGCUGUUGUAGCUCGACCCUCCUCCUCCUCCUCCUCCUCCUCCUACGCCGCGGCCAUUCAUACUGGCUCUCUCUUCGUUGCGGCGCUUGUCG